AUUUUAUCUUUUCUGCACGUUAAUUGGUUAGGAUGGUAUAAACAAAAUUUCUGGCUAUUUAUUAAAGUCACGCCGCAAAUUCUUUCUCACUUAUUUUGCAGUGAUAGGCAAUCAUGUCUACUAGAUGUCGUUUAACAGAAGCUAAGCGGAGCUCCUGUCCUCGUCAGUAAGGAAAUUGUAAGGAUGAAUAAACUUCUACUGGAUGUGAUCAUAUUGUGGAUUUGGCAACUGACGCUGGUGAUAGCCUACAAUAUCAGUGCGGAGUGGGCAGCAUGGGGAGAAUAUGGCAACUGCUCGAGGCCCUGUGGCGGAGGACUUGCCAACAAGACCCGGACUUGUUUAGGGGCUUCGCAGACAUGUCCGGGCACUGGUAUACGUUACAAAGUCUGCAACACCUUGGGCUGUGGAAGUGAGGGCCUCUUUAUCAGGGACAAACAGUGCCAGUCAUUUAACAAAGUUUCCAUCAAAGACAACUACUUUAAUUGGGUACCGUACCAUAGUUCAGCAGAGCCAUGCGCACUUUAUUGCCGAACUGUAGAAACUGGUUUCAUUCUGAAAAUGCAGAUUCGUGCAUGGAACGGGACUGCUUGCGGAAAGCAUGGAGAAGGUGUUUGCAUAGGAGGUCGCUGCAGGAAAGUCGGCUGUGACGAUAUCGUCGGCUCCAAGAGAAAACUAGAUCCUUGCGGAGUAUGUGGCGGCGACGGAACAUCAUGCGACACAGCACGUGACCAUAAGAAACAACAUCACGAAGCUGACGUCAAACGGUUUCAUUGGGACAUAGGAUGGAGUAUGUGUUCCAAGACCUGUGGGAAAGGAUUACAAGUUCCGUAUGAGGUGUGUAAAGACUCAAACACGGGACUAGAAGUCAGCUCCACGUUCUGUCCAAGCCUCGCUAAACCAUCCCUUCCAAAGACCAGAGAGUGUGAGGAAAGUUCCUCCUGUGCUUAUAGGUGGCAUACCUCUAAAUGGGGACUAUGUAGUCGUACAUGCGGAGAUGGUUUCAAGUAUCGCCGAGUGGUAUGCCUCAAACAUCAUAACUCCAGCACAGAGCACGCGCUAGACCGGAACUGCAUCGAUGUGAGACCGGAAGGAAAAGCUCCGUGUUACCUCGGGGACUGUCCCGAAUGGCAGACUGGACCAUGGUCUCCUUGUUCUGUAUCUUGCGGAUACGGUCAGCAGAAACGAAAGGUUGUUUGUCAAGCUUCGUUGUCAGAGUUAUGUUACACCGAGCACAAACCUGCAACCGUCCAGAAAUGUUACGCCGGAAAGUCAUGCGAUUUAGGAGGCUUCCAGCAAGAUGAUUCUUCCGUCUCAGAACACGAUUUCUUUGACGAUGCUAGGCUCCAAGAUUUGUUCGUAUUGCCAAGAUUCGAGCUUUCUACGUGGGGUCCGUGCUCGGUGACAUGCGGUGUUGGUUACAGGCAUAGAAAUGUCACGUGUAUAAAAGACAGACAGCUAGUGCCAAUUUCUAAAUGUGAAGGAAUCGAGCCUCACUCAAAACGAGAGUGUCAUCAAGGCAAGUGUCCACUGACAACUUCCGGUGACGCAGCGUUCGUCUGGCGUCACCGGAAAUUCAUACCUUGCAGUCAGACGUGCGGACGUGGAACACAAUCCAGUACACUUGAGUGUGUAGACGUAGUCAGUGACCGAACUGUAGCCGACUUCCUGUGUGAAAGUUUAAUCAAACCAGGCUCGAUAACUCAAUAUUGCAACGCUUUUGACUGUCCACCAGCCUGGCAUGUUAGCGAGUAUGGCGUAUGUUCUGUGCCGUGCGGUGGAGGAAGACAGUCACGAGACAUUGAAUGCGUUCAGAUGACAUCAAAUGGUGACAUGGAAACGUUGCCAUUAUACAGAUGUCCCGAUCCAGUUCCGCUAUCCGAAAGAUCUUGUAAUCUUAAAUUUUGUCAAGCAGAGUGGAACACGGGAGCUUGGGCAGAAUGUUCGGUUACGUGCGGCAUGGGAUUUGAAUCUCGGCCAGUGUUUUGUGUGAAACAUGUGACGAAUGAUUUACAGGUGAAUGUAUCAGAUCCAGAGUGCUUCGGGCCACGCCCACCAACCACGAGGCCCUGUCACUUUGGAGACUGUUAUGAAUUACAACAACUUCCGGAAAUAAAGGAGCGAAAAGGAACUUUUAUUCAAACCAAAAGAACGAAAAGAAUACCACUUUAUGUUGGAGAGAAGGCAAUUAUUUUGCCUAAUCAGUCGGUAAAAAUUAAAUGCCCGGUGAAAAAUUUUCAAAAGAAAUUAAUUUUCUGGACUAAAAAUCGCCGAUUGAUCCCAUUAGUUCCGGGACGUGUUCACGUUUCUUCCAAGGGUGCGCUUAAAAUAACACGUGCAGAUCCAAUACUUGACACGGGAAUUUUUACGUGCAGUGCGGGAUUGCUUCAUGCAUCUGUAAAUUUGACGUUUCAAACAAAACGUGAAGCAAAGUUGCAGUCGAAUAAAAUUUUAUAUACAAUUUUCCAUGCGAAUUCUAAUGAAAGCAAUUUUCAAGCCGAUGGUGCAUCUAAAAUGAAAAAUACAAAAUAUUUGCAUAUUAAUUCAAUAGAUGAGAGUAGCGCUUAUGAUUAUUCUAGUUUUACCACAUCAAAUUGGACAGAGUGUUCUGAGAAAUGUGGAUGGGGUACACAAACAAGAAUAGUCACGUGUAAUCACGUGACAGACAGGUUUAUAAGACUUUUACCGGAAGAAGAGUGCUUACAAAGAGGUCUGGAAAAGCCUAUGUCCUGGAGAAAGUGUAUUACUGAGCCAGAAUGCCCAACCUGGAUGGCUGGAAAAUGGUCAGAGUGCACUGACGAAAAUUGUGGAAAAGUAGGCCAUUCCGUGCAGAAGAGAAUUGUAACAUGUCACUAUAGGAAUGGGACUCUGGCUAAAGCAUAUAAAUGUAGCGGCGAACGUCCUCCUAGUCAACAGCAUUGUAAAAAUCCAAACUGCACAGCAGUAUGGCAGACAUCAAAAUGGUCGGAAUGCACACCAUUAUGUGGCGUCAAGAGAAAAAAGUUACGGACGUUAAGUUGUGUGUGGGUGACGACCAAACUUCCAGCAUUUAAUGUGUGUAGAAAUAAAGCCAAACCAUCUGUCUCAAAACCCUGUAAACCUGCGCCAUGCAGACAUAGCACAUGUGUUGACAGUUCCUCAUAUUGUGAUUUAGCUAGACAACUAAAGAUGUGUAGAUAUCAGAAAUUCCGCCGGAAAUGCUGUAAAACAUGCAUUAGAGCCAACAUAAGCUAGUGCUUGUGUAAACAGUUCCCAAUACUGUGAUUUAGUCGAACAAAUUUAAAGAUGUGUAGAUGUCACAUAUUCCGCCGGAAAUGCUGUAAAACAUGCAUUAGCGCCAAUAUAAGGCAGUGCUUGUGCAAACAGUUUUGCAUACUGUGAUUUAGUCGGACAAAUUAAUUAUGUGCAGAUGUCACAAAUUCCGCCCCCAGAAAAGCUGUCAUAUGCAUUACAGUGCCUGUGAAAAUAGUUCCGCAUACUGUGAUUUAGUCGGACAAAGGCUUAAACAUGUCUUAGAGCCAAAGUCAGCCAGUGCUUUAGUAAACAGGUCCGCAUACUGUGAUGUAGAUGAAAUUUCAUGAUGUGUAGAUAUCACAAAUUCCACUCGAAAUUCUGUAAAACAUGCAUUAGAGCCAGUAUAAGCUAGUGCUUGUGUAAACUGUUCUGCAUACUGUAAGCUAGAUGAAAAAUUCCUGAUGUGUUGAUGUCACACACUCUACCAAAAAUGCGGUAAAACAUGCAUUAGAGCUAUUAAUAGCUAGUGCUUGCGUAAACAGUUCUGCAUACUGUGAUUUAGACGUACAUUUUGAAAGAUUUGUAAAUAUAAAAAAUUCCGUCGGCGGCGUUUGUCAGUAUUGCUGAAGUUGUUGAUGUACAUGUAUUGACCUUGCCUAAAAGGAUCAUUUCCUUUAUUUUAGAUCGGUGUUUUGGAUUAAUAAGUCGUAAUUUGUUAAUCUGAUCUUAUUCUUACUCCUCCAUUUCAUGGAAAUGAUUGUUUUCUUUUACCUUGACAAAGUAAUAUAGAAUAAAACUGA